AUGUCUCUCAUAAAAAUAUCAGUAUUUUCUCUAUUUAGUCUGUGCUUGAUAUCUGCACAGGCAGCGAGAUUUGACAUCGUUAACCAAUGCUCAUACACUGUCUGGCCAGCUGCCAUCCCCAGCGGCGGCGGUAGGCAGUUAAACUCUGAAACAAAUUACCUACAAUAUUCAACGCAAAAAUUACAUGAAGCAAAAACAGUAGCCAUCUCACUCGAUCACCUCAGUAGUAACUCCCGUAAUAGGCCUGAGGAACUGCUGCAGGUUGCUGUGCCGGAGCUGCAGGUUGUGCAUAAUUUUGUUGAGGCAGUGCCUGUUGAAAUUCAGACAAAAGGUAAUGCGGAGAAGUCCAGAAUAAUUAUGGUCGGUGAUACUUUGAAGAAAGCUGGUGAUUCAUCUCAGAAUAGUCUUGUUAAAGACGUUGGAGAUACACAGUUUCUUGCAGAAACUGGUUUAGUCUCUGUUGAACAUCAAAUGCGAGAGAUGGGCUUGGACGUUAAGGCUCCUGUAGAGACUGACAAAAAGGCCGAAUAA